AUGAGUUCAUCUGAAAUAUCAGGCCAGCUAUUCUUGGAUAUUCCUCAAAACCCAUAUCGUCCUCCUCCAAAGGAACAUGCCCUUGGAAUUUCGGGGACUGAAUCCUUCACAGAAGCAGAUGUACACUAUCUAAUCCUUCUCAUGCUUCAAGAAAGUGGGCAAAUCAACAUUGAAAACUAUUAUGAAAAACGACAGUUCCCCUCAGAAACCUUAUUCGAAGACCUUAACCGUUCUAGCAUGCCUCUCCUAUUGCUCGAAAGCAGCAAGUGUGGUCCAGAAACUUAUGCUGAUUACGAACCCCAAAUUAAGCAAACUGCCUUCUACGCUGCCUUUCAACGCAAAAUAGCCCGCUCUCAUGGUAUUAUCCUCCCCCUCUGCAAAAAUGAAUCAAACACUCAUUGGACUUGUUUGCUUCUGGUCUGCCAUCCCACUCUACCGCGUAUCGAUUGCUUCUAUUAUGACCCUUAUGACCUAGAUGAAACCCCUAAAAGCAGCAUCCAAGACCCCAGCUAUCCACCCAAGUUUUUUGCCGAUAAAUACGGAAUUGACCUUCAGAAACUGGCUCACACCCUUUAUCAAUGCGACGUGGAAAUAUUUGUAACAAAACGCACAGGAUACACAGUCAAGUACAAUGGCGAAAAUGACCCUACUUUUAAAAAGACUCCCAAUAGUGGAAUCAUCUGCGCAAAAAAUGUCAACCUCAUUGCCUCCAACUUUGAAAUCGAUAACUCCGUUGUCACUUAUACUUUUGAUGAUGCCUAUUUUAGCUCUAUCCGCCUUUUGUUUGUACAUCACCUGCUGGUUGACAAUGAAAAGUUGAUUGUGCAAAAUCCAAUCAAUGGCAAUGGAAUAAUACCAAUCCUUCCUUCAUCUUCAACUUUGGAUAUUCAACCUCCUACAGAAAAUCCAGAAUCUUCUUCUUCCAAAAAUGGUUCAGUAGCUCCUCCUCCUCCUCUCACUAAAAUCACCAGUCUUGGUUUAGAACCAAUCAAAACCCAACUUCGAUCUAUCCAAGCUUUGUCCACAAAAGACGCGUCUCUUCUCUCUUUGGAAACCGCGACAGCACCAACGCCCUUUGUCUUGACUGAAGACAUCUUGGCAGGUGUUAUUUAUUCAAUCAACAAAAGCAUCGACAACAAACUCGACCAAGUAAAUUCUAACUUGAAAACAAACUACCGAUAUAUUCAAAAUGAAAUCCAGUCCCUCAAGUAUAAGUUUGCUGAUAUGAUGGACAUUUUACAAGAAUCUCUCAUUCAGCCUGGCCAAAUCUACCCGGGCUAUUCAGGAUCCUACCACAUUGAUGAAGACGACGAUUCUUCUGAAGAAUCUAGUGAAUCCGAAUCUUUUUCGCCUCAUCCGGUAUCUUCUUCUGUAAAUAAAGAGCGCCGUGUUGCCGGACGUGCAGCUCGUGGGCGCAGACAGAAACGUGCAAUUUCAAAAAAACCUGUUUCCAACAAAAUAUCAACUAAAUCUAUUUCAACUACUACCGCUGCUGCUGCUUCUGUUGCUUCUGCUGCUACUGCUGCUGCUGUCUCUGGGACUUCUCAGCCUACUAUCCCUAGUGCUUCAGCGGCUCAAGCUAGAGUUACAAAAACAACACCGGCUCGGACAACAAGACUUAAAACUUUAUCGUCUUCCUCUUCCGCCCCGCUCAUUUCUUCUUCUUUAUCAACAAUAUCUUCGACUUCUGAAUCUCUUCCUGCUCCCGUUACACAUUCCAAUUUAUCGCCUUCAUCAUCAGCAUCCACUAAGACCUCAGGAUCCUCUUUGGCUAUUCCAAAUAAUAAUUCUCUUGCUUCCUCAACUGCCUCUACGGCUUCACAAAAAACUGGAGCACACAAUACCGCAACCUCCUCUUCAUCAGUACCCAAAGCUUCAGUUGCUACUAAGACUGUGGUUGGAUCUUCCCCAAAUCCGGCAAACAUUGCCAUCCGCCCAGCUUCAAAAACAACUGCUUCUGCUUCCGGCUCUGUAUCAACAACUUCUUCCACCAGAUCUUCUAGUUUAAAAUCUGCUGCUGCUGCAGCUGCCGCCGCAAGCCCGGCUUCUGCUGGUUCACCUGGCCAUGCUUCUUCCCCAUCUUCUCCAAACACUAAUCACAAAAUAACACGUUACUCGGGUCCUGAGUUUAAGUUUAUUUUCCAUCCAAAGUCCUUUUCUGAGAUUUGGAACGAAUACAAAAAACCUAUUUUGAAUAAACACUCGAUCCAAACAAUGGAUAAUAUGUAUGGCGACACAUGGACCAACCACAAAAAUGGUACAUACUGGCGCCGGCGCUAUGUUUGGAGGGCAAUCGAAUAUGGUCUUUCAAAAGGGUACACUGUGCAACAAUGUAUCGAUCUUUUAGAACAAGAAAAGGAUGCCAGAGGAUACAAUAUGACUACAUGUUUGAAUAAGCGAUUAUGUCCCAAUGCUUUGAAAAGAAGAUGA